AUGAAGAAAGCAUACGAUGUGAUAAUAAUUGGUGCUGGACAUAAUGGUCUUGUUACUUCUGCUUAUUUAGCUCGACAAGGUUUACGUGUACUGGUUUGUGAAAAACGAUCAAUUAUUGGUGGUUCUGCAUGCACAGAAGAAAUUGUGAAAGAUUUUAAAUUUUCUCGUGCAUCUUAUUUAUUAAGUUUAUUUCGGCAAAAAAUAAUUGAUGAUUUAAAUUUACGUGAACAUGGUUUAAAAUAUUAUUAUCGUGAUCCAUUUUCAUAUACACCAAUAAAAAAUCCAAUUAAUAAUAAUCAACGUUCAUUAUUAUUAUCAUCAGAUAAUCAAUUAAAUAUGAAACAAAUUGCUCAAUUUUCAAAAAAAGAUGCAGAAAAUUAUCAUCUAUAUGAAGAAUGGUUAACAAAAAUAUGUCGAGCUAUUGAUGAACUUAUUCAUUCACCUCCACCUGAUCUUAGUCGAAUGAAUCAAAAAUAUAAAAUUUUCGAUCGUUUUCGUGCUUAUAAUUAUUCAAUGAAAAUUUUUUAUAAUUUAUUUAAAAAACUUCGUCUCAAUGGUUCUAUGGAUUUAUAUCAAUUAUUAACUUCACCAGCAGGUCGAAUAUUAGAUAAAUGGUUCGAAUCUGAUGUUAUUAAAACUACAUUAGCUACUGACGGUCUUAUCGGUGCUAUGCUUGGUCCUUAUGAUAGUGGAACUGGUUAUAUUUUACUUCAUCAUGUAAUGGGCGGCUUAGAUGGACAAGCUAAUGCUUGGUACUAUGUUCGCGGCGGAAUGGGUGGUAUAAGUAAUGCUAUAGCAUCAUCAGCUCGUUCAUCUGGGGUUGAAAUACGUACAAAUUGUAAUGUUAAUCAUAUAGAUAUACGUAAUUCAAAAGUUGAAGGUGUUGUACUUGAAAAUGGUGAAGAAAUAAAAGGAAAAUUAGUUGCUUCAAAUGCAACAGCAUAUAUUACAUUUAAAAAUUUAAUUUUAAAUGAUAUUAUUAAAACAAAUAAAGAUUUAGAUGAAUUAAAAAAACAUAUUUUACAAAUGGAUUAUACAAGUGGAACAACAAAAAUAAAUCUUGCUCUAUCAGGAUUACCAAAUUUUCUUGCUAAUCCAAAUAAAAAUAUUAAUGAACUUCAACCUCAUCAUCAAUGUACAAUACAUUUGAAUAGUGAAUCAAUGUCUGCUACACAUAAUGCCUAUCUACAAGCAUUAAAUGGAAAACCAAGUCAAUAUCCAUUAAUUGAAAUGGUUAUUCCUUCUUCACUUGAUCCAACAUUAGCUCCAAAAAAUUGUCAUGUAGCUUUACUAUUUACUCAAUAUACACCCUAUCGUUUACCGAAUGGUAAACAAAUUGAAAUAACAAAUGAAUAUAAAGAAAAUUAUUAUCGAAAUGUAAUUAAUUCAAUUGAAGAAUAUGCACCAGGUUUUGAAAAACUUAUUAUUGGACGUGAUAUGCUUUUUCCAUCGGAUUUAGAAGAACAAUUUUCAUUAACAGGUGGAAAUAUUUUUCAUGGUGCACUUUCACUUGAUCAAAUUUAUUCAUUUCGACCAGCAAUAUCAUGUUCAAAUCAUCGAACACCUGUUGAUGGUCUUUAUCUAUGUGGAAGUUCAACUCAUCCAGGAGGAGGAGUUACCGGUAUGCCAGGUUUCAAUGCAGCAAUGAUAAUGCUUCAAGAUUGGCGACGUAAUAAAAGUUCAUUCAAAUGA